GGGGGACAAAAAAAGUGCGCAUCUUAUCAAAUAUAAGGUGGGGAUAUUGAUGGAUAGCUUGUUUAUUUCUUCAAAAGCAAAACGACAAUGCCGACGCUUUGCAGUCGGAAGAAGUUUGCAGCGGUGAUGGUUUGCCUCCAGCAAUAUUGUCACGCCGGUCAGCCACAACAAAAGUGCCGGCCUCUUCCAAAUAAGUCGUUGCCAGUCCAGCGAGCAGAGUGCUGCGCGGACGGCUCCGACGGGGAGACGACGGGACACAGCUGCGCCUCCGACCUGGAAGAGGGUGCCCCGCCGGAGGAAUCGGACAACGGCUGGAGAAUGGCGGUGAACGGCUCAGGCGGCGGCUCAGCCAGCAAGAGUGGGGCCGAGCCAAUUGCUCAGGAGAGCGAGGCUCUUGAGACGUUGAACAGAGCAGUGACUCCAGAAAAGCGAAACCGUCUGGAAAUCGAAAACUCGUGCCGCAACGAAGAGAGCGUGGACCUCUGUCGCCAGCAAGCGGGGGCCGAGCGUGCUUUGGCUGCAAAGAAAAGAUCCGAUGAAAAAACACAGCAAGUGAGAGUGAGGCAUGAAACGCUGUAUAAUUCACAAAAGAAUGAAAGCACCGAUAUAGAGGCAGAACUAAAGCAGCAAAGCGAAAGAGAAGAGGACGCGGAACUGGGGCACAGCGGAUACUGUCCCCUUAACCUUGACAGUAAGCUGCCGCUUCUGUCUAGUCACGCAAUGGCGAAGAGGAUGCUGAAGCUGAAUGGACAUGAGGCAAAAGUCUGGGUCUCGAGUCGCAAAACAACUGACGCUGAGCGAGGCAUCCCUUAUGCUGAUGAAAACGAGCAAGUCUCCUACCGUGCAAUGUUGCGAUCCCGUAACAAGUUUUACCGAUUGGUUGAGCUUGUCUGCAAGGCCUGCGAAUUCACCUUCCGCUUUACCUUCGAAACGGAUUUCGCGCCGGAUGAGGUUUUCAAAAAAAAGCUGUUUGGAUUGCAUGACAAAGAAGCUAGAGUCAGAUACCGAGCCGAUCAACAUAAGUUCCAGGAAGAGGUUUUGCUUUUAUCCAUAGAAUAUUAGAACGCACUUGGGGAAAACAUAUAAAACAUAUUUGAGGCCUAGGACUAUACAGAAAAUGUAUAUCCCGCCACAAAGCUCGCGACGUUUUCUUUCCAUCACGAUGCAAUUUACACCACAUGGGUGACUGUGCUAAUUUCAACCAGCGCAAGAAUUUUUUUUUGAGUGUCGACACAAAGAAUGUGAAUCAGG